AUGUCUCUAAAGCUCAACAUAGACGCUUACCUGGAGGUCCCAGAGACCGCGAAGGAGGAAACCAUCGAGCCCCCCAAGCAAAAAGGCGCCCUGGCUUUGUUGAGAGAACUCUUCACAAAGCCAAAGCCAAAGCCAACAAAACCGCCCGGCGAUAAUCACGCCAGAACAAGCCCAUACAGCCAGGAAGCGGUCUUCGCAGUCCUAAACGACUUCCUACAGCCUGAAUCAACGAAACCGCUCCACCAAGCAGUCCGAGAAAUCCUCGCCCUCCUUCCUGAAAACGCGCCUGAGUCCACCGAGAUCUGGUCUGCAGGCGAUAUCAUCAUCGAGGUUGCAUCGCAGAUCCCGUAUUCGCAUCCGUCGCAGCUGAAGCUCGCGCAAUUGGUCGAGCAGCUUAUAUCGGCGGAGAAGUUUCUUGAUAAGAGUCCGUCCGGGGAUGGAAUGAGAUACAGGGGCCAGCGCUUCAAAGAGUCCUUACGGGAUUCUGUCACUGGCCCAAACGACGAAUUGUUGAAUGAAUGGCCAAAUCUCAAUGCAUUCUACGCCCACCUUGAUGCGUGCCAUAUCAUUCCUUAUACCCCUGCUUGGGCUAUAUCCGCUAUGUGGAGUGCCUUUGAGGCGGAAAUUGAGGACCCCUUUCCCGGAGAGAAGGACCAAUGCAUUCUUGCUGCUGCGCAGUAUAUCUUUUGGAGCGGGCAGGAAUUAUUCAAGGCUAUUAGCUACGUCAGCGAAGACUACACGCCUGGGGAGCCUGGUCCGUUGUAUACAGGGGAGGGCGGGCUUAGUUUGCAUCGGUGGCGGUUUUGGAAGGAUGGGUUUCGGGCUGCGGGUGGGGAUAUGGGGAUUGGGGAGGAGGCGAGGGGUGUGGCUGGAAAAGCGGCGGUAUUGAUGGAAGGGCUUGAGAGUGCUUUGGUGUUUGAUUUGUGA